UUUUAUCCAGUGUGAUACGGUGUAGACAAUUUGUGUAAUAUAAGUAAUUUGAUGAACACUUCUGAUAAACACCACACAAAAAGUGAUAAAUUAUUAUUUGUGCAUUUUAAUAUUGACUCUACACAUUGUGAUUUUAAUAUCGGUGUAGUAUUAAGCAUUUUAAAGUGACAAAUAACAAUACUCAAUUCUUGUUGCUAAAUAGUUUGGAUAAUAGAUUUUACAUUAAAUUUUUUUAAAACAUUAGAGAAUUCCUUUCUUAAUUGACAGAGAGAGCCAAAAGGUACAAAUAAGGAAAGCAUUAAGAAUCAAGAGAUGUUUACUCAAAUGAAGCAACACAAAAAAGAGGCAAAGAAUCAUCAAAUGCCAGAACCAGCUACACAUAUCUACACUUCUCUUGUUUCAAUCCAAACACACUCUCUUAAAAUCAUUCAAUCAAAAACACCCAAUAUGGAAAACCCACUCCAUCUACUCAAACACUUCAUAUUCAAUAACUUUCAUAUAUCUCAUAAACCCUUUUUGUGUACAUUUUUCUUAAUAGCAAUACUAUUGGAUUUUUCAUAGUCUUGUAAUAAUUACACCCAAAAGGGUAUAUAUUUAUUAUUUUCUGAUUAAAAAAAAUGUAUGUUCCUAAAGUAAAUGAGAGUUUUCUUAAUCAACUUGAAUCAAUGGGAUUUCCUUUAGCUCAGUCAACAAGAGCACUUCAUUAUUCUGGCAAUAACAGUAUAGAAGAUGCUGUAAAUUGGAUCAUUGAUCAUGAAAAUGAUCCUGACAUUGACCAAAUGCCCUUGGUAUCAACUGAUAUUGAUAUUAGUAUUGAUUCAACUGAGCAAUUUUCUUUAACAGAAGAAAUGAAAAGAAAAGCUCAAGAAUUAAGGGAUCAAGCAAGAAAGAAGAAUGAAGAAGAAAAAAGAUUUGAAAGAGAAAGAGAGAAGAAGAGGAUUAGUUAUGGGAAAGAACUCAUGGAAGCGAAACGAGUUUUGGAAGAAAACGAAAGAAAACGUUACUUGGCUUUGAAACAAUCAGAGAAAGAAGAAGAAAAAAGAGCAAAAGAGAAAAUUAAAUGGAAACUUGAACAAGAUAAGUUGGAAAGAAGGGGUAAGGUUCAAAUGCCAUUAAAGAGCCCUGCAAAACAAUCUGUGGUGCAACAAAAACAGAUUUCACAUGAUCCCAUUAUGUCUGUUUCAAAGGUUGAGCUCAUGAGUGAAUGUUUAAGGUCUCUCAAACGCAAUCACAUGGAUAAUGAAGCCAAAGUAAGAAGAGCUUUCCAAACUUUGUUAACAUAUGUUGGAAAUGUUGCAAGGGAUCCCAACCAAGAAAAAUUCAGGAAAAUAAGAAUGAGUAAUCCUAAAUUCCAGGAGAGAAUUGGGAGUAUGAAAGAAGGUGUUGAGUUUCUUGAGCUUUGUGGGUUUGAGAGAAGAGAAGAGUUUUUGUAUCUUGGUAGUGAAAAAGUGAAUAUGGCAUUGUUAAACUCAGCUGGCUCUCUAUUGAAAUCUGCCAUUACCAAUCCUUUCUUUGGUGUCUUUACCAGGCCAAAAGAGGAGAUAUGACUAAUUAAGUGAAUUGAACACUCAAAGAUUGAUGUGUAAAAUUAGCAAGUUGAUAUGGAUUGAUUUGAACAUGCAUAAGGAAUGUUUAUUAAUAAAUAUAUGCUAGAGCUAGUUAUUAUAAGUUUAUGAAAUUGGCAUUUAAUAUUAACAUUUGAUCUAAAA